CAGAUAAGGGAUCUCAGAAUUUGUUAUUUGAUGUCAAUACGUGCGAUUGACAAGGCGGCUUCGGACAUGGUGUAAGUGAAGUGCCAAAAUGGACUGGUGUGUGAUUUUAGUGUGCUUAGCGUUUGCUGGAGCUGCCCUAGGAUCUGGAAAUUCACUCAAAGACCCGUAUAUUUGUGGACCACCUUCAUGUGCAGUUUCCGAUAAAUUCAAGUACUUAACUGACGUCACUUACCACUAUGAGUACAAAGUGAACAUUGAGACCUACUUCGCUGGCUCCAGCAAUAACCGGUCUACUUUAGAUGUAAAAGCAGAGGCUGUAAUCCAGUUCAUCACACCCUGUGAAGGUCUCCUACAGCUAAGAGACGUGACUUUAAUCGAUCAAGAUGAAAACUACCCUGUGGAACGUGCAGAGAAGUUCAUCCAUGCUGUGGCGCUCUAUGAUCUUAGGUUUGCCUACCACGAUGGGCUUAUAUCGGAGAUCUGCCCUGAGUCAGGAGACCAGGAGUGGGUGCUCAACUUCAAGAGAGCCAUACUGUCUCUCUUUCAGAACAGCAUGAAGAGAUUUGACAUCAACUUCAAGGGAGUUGAGAAAGACAUCCACGGCACAUGCGAUGUGGACUACAUAGUCCGAGGACAAGAGAACACCAGCCUGAUAUUGGUAAAGACGCGAGACCUGGCCCUUUGCAAGAAUAGAUAUAAGUACAUGUCUAUACUGCAAACUGUCAGAUACGACUUCCAAAGCAAAUUCCAAACAUGGCCAGUCUUAAAAUCGGAGAGCAAAUGCCGCAUCACAGUUGACCACCACAUCUACAAGUCUGUCAACUGUCGCGAAAGGCAUCUCUUCGAACCCUUCUCAGGGAGGAAUUCCGGGGCCAUGACCACUGUCAUUCAAGACUUGACCCUCGUAAGGGAGGUCAACAAGACUGAUAGCGAGUUUAUGGAUUCACAACCCAAAAGCUGGGAAGUAAUUCAGAGGCGGUCAAACCUCCUUCACCACCACACUCAGUACGCCAAAGACGAGACCGGCGAUCUGAAGGCCGCUCGGGACGUUCUGAAACUGCUUUGCAUAGCCAAGGAGGCGCGCAACGAAGACGGCCAGUUCCCCAGCAUAGACCUGAACAUGGACAGCGGGUCGACGGUCGGCCUGUGGGGCCGCCUGGUGCGCUCCGCGCGGCCGCUGCAAUAUCCGGCACUCGCACAACUACUGGCCAGGGCUCCGCUCAUGUGCGCGCCCGCUACAAAGCACAUGCUAGACGCGCUGCCGUACAUAGCGAGCGCGGGCUCGGUGGAGCUCAUAAAGGACAUGAUCGUGCGCGGCGCUGUGGACGCGGCCACGCGCCACGAGUGGCUCAUGUCCAUGGCCAUGAUCCCCAGACCGAAACUGGAAAUGCUGAAAAGCAUGCUGGAAUUGCUCCUUAGCCAGAAAAACGACAAGGUGGUCAGUUUCACCGCCUCCUCUAUGGUGCAUUCCUACUGUAGAAACAGCGGUAAAUCACUGAGGGAAUGUUGUGAAGAAGAAAUACCCAAGCAAAUACUGGAGCACUUCCAAAAUGUAGUGUACGCGUUCAUCGUCAAAGGAGUUACAUCUACCACUCCGAGAGCGGAUAACGAUAAUUUGGUGAUAGGCAUCAAAGCGCUGGGCAACAUCGGUGGGUUCACGCAAGAGUUUGCCAACAAACUCAUGGAUCUGAUCAGCGAUGCGCUAGUACCGGUACCUAUAAGGCUGACUGCUGUGGACGCGUUUAGGAGGACCCCUUGUAGUGAGACUAGGGAAUACUUCCUAGAAAUGUUCCGGGAAGACUACGUCAACAUCGAGGUGCGGAUCGCUUCGUACCUCCAAGUGAUGAAGUGUCCCACGCUCAGCACUGUCCGGAAGAUAUUCCACGCGUUGCAGCAUGAGUCUGUGAACCAGGCGGCGACAUUCGUCUGGAGCCACUUGAGCAACCAGCAGUACUCGUCAUUGCCCUCUCGAGUGGAAAUCCAAGGUCUGCUGUCUGGACACACCAUGCCUCAACUCGAAGACAGCCCUGACUUCAGAAUGUUCUCGAGAAAUUACGAACAGAGCGUGUUUUUCGACCAGUAUAAUGCAGGUGGAAACUACGAAGCGAAUGUGGUUUUCUCUCCGGACUCUUAUAUACCAAGAUCUAUUGGACUCAAUUUGACCAUUGACAUGUUUGGAGAAUCCAUCAACAUCCUAGAGGUCAAAGGUCGCGCCGAAGGCUUCGAGCGAUACUUCGAACAUUACUUCGGCAGUAAAGGCCCGCUCAGCAAAGAAAGAGUAGCGGAACAAAUAGAGAAACUGCGCUUCUACCGGUCUACAGACGAAUCUGACGAGCUGCGAGGGAAAAUCGACGAUCUCAACUAUAAAAACGAAGCACUUAAACACCGUUUUCCUAUGGCAGAGUUGGGGGUGAAAGUGUUUGGGAAUGAGAUAUCCUUUUGGAGUGCGGAGGGAGAUGAUGAGAUCAUGAAGUCUCUGCAGAGGCUGAACCCUCAAUUGAGGAUAUUGGAGAUUUUGUCUGGGAAGGAAAUAUCAUACGAGAAAGCGUCUCUCUUCCUCGACACGACGUUCUCAGUGCCCACCGGUGCCGGAUUGCCUUUGAACUUGAACCUUAUGGGAACAAGUUAUAUUAACGCCAAGAUGUCGGGCACUAUGGAAGACAAAUACGACGAGUCGGGAAGCCUGGACUUUGAGGGGAAGAUUCAGCCGAGCGUGGCGGUGAACAUAGCGGCGACAAUGGGCGUCGUAGCGGGCGGCUUAGCGUCUAGCGGCGUGCGGGUCAACGCUCGUCUUUACACCGCUACUGACGUAGAGGCGCGAUUGACUCUACGUGGCCUGAGCCUAGUGAGGCUACAUCUCUCGCUGCCCACUGACAAGCAGGAGAUCUUCGCUGCCAAAUCCGAGCUGAUCAUUCUCCACGGUGACCAGGAGUUGCAGCAGCAAGGCCUCAACCAAAACAGGAUAGAACGGAACACUUGUAGCUGGAGCACAUUCGACAAUGCUAUUGGCAUCAAAGUCUGCGCUUCUUAUCAGUUCCCUAACAUGACGAAUCUCCACAACGCACCAUACUUCCUCAUGAGUGGGCCUGCAAAGUACAUUUUGUCCCUUGAGAAGGCUGAUCCGUCUGCCAAGACGUACGCCUUCGAGUACAAAUGGGAUAAGAACGAGACGAACAAUAAUAUACUGUUCUCUUUCGACACGCCUAAUAGUAAGGAAAAACGAAUGUUCAACGCUAUACUAAGCGUCUCAAACACCUCAAGCACAGCAGCCAUUAACAUGCAAUCCGCCAAGAGCACCAUCAAAGCUAAGGCCUCAUACAGCAACCUGGCUGAUGACAAAACGGUUGCAGCGACGCUAGAUGUAGACGGACGAAAGCAGUUUGAUACUUUAAUGUCUUUGAAAAGACAUGAUAUAAAGUAUGGGUAUGUGUGGGUGCCUAGAGCGUACUGGGUGGUGGAUGAUGAAAAGAUCGCUGAGUUGUCUGGUAUCUUCAAAUUCAAGUCCAAAGGGGGCGUGACCCAAUGCGACGUGUUAGCCGAAUUCCAGACCAAACAGCUAGCUAGCCAUUUAGUGGGCUACUAUACAGUGAACGGUCCCACGCAUGGGACGAACCUGCAACUCGACUAUCAGUUCUAUAAGAACCCGAAGCAGACUGUCAAGUUUGCCAGCGUGUACACUGAGAGAGCGUUGACGUAUAGACACGAUCUCUACGCCGAUUUGCAAAUGGAGUUCUCGGCGUACCCGGCUUAUAACUUCUAUGCUGCUAUUCGGAAUGUGAAAACCCAAACCCACGUGGACGUAAGCUUCAACGUCAGCGCUUCAAAGGAAACCAAAGAGGACCCGGCCUUCAUGUUCAUGUACAAAAACAUAGACAAGAUGAACGGCGUCGAACUUGACACGCAACUCACGCUAAAGAGGCCCAAGAUGAUCGAUAUGAAACUGCAUUACGACCAGGUUGGGCCAAAAUACACAGCUCUGGCCUUACUGAACUUCAACCCGAAAUCUCGCGAGAUUCUCAUAUCAGGGUUCUUGUACUUCCCGCCUGGGACGCAGCUGUAUUUGGAUGCUGAGUUGAACAUGACAUUGCCGACCUUAAACCCGUGUGUCAUAAAGGCGAAAGUCCAUGAGAAGCAAGCGAAUGAGUUUCAAAUGCACGCAACAGGCGUCUGGUUCACCGGCAUGGAUUUCAACAUAGACGCGCUAUACCAAGACCAAUCUAAAACCAAUAUGGCGGCGCACCGCGUCAAGUUGCUUAUUAACAGCAGCCACUUUAAAGAUAUUGCUGUGCACGCGAGAUUCACCCAGGAUAAUCGACAGAUCACCUUUAUUGGACAGGGCGAAUACAACGAAGACAAAUACAGGUCCCUCGUCCGUUACGUGGAGCUGUCAGAACAGAACUUCAUGACGUAUGCAGAAGUUGACAUAGGCGAGAAAGCUUACAGCGUCAACCUUAAUGCUGAUCUCAACAACAAUACUAAAUUCAGCAUGGACAUACAUUUUGACCAACUACGCGACAUCCAAAUCACUUACCAACGUCACGCCACGCCUCGUCAAAAGAUUCUAAGCGCAUCCUUCAAUUGGGACGCGAACAGAGACCCGUCGCAGAAAGUCAGCGUGGACAUACAGCUGGACAAUAAGGGAGUGUUACACCAUGGUGGUCACGUGACGUUGUAUUACCCUGGGCGAGUCGUGAACGGGGAGUUUGAGUUCUUGUUGAGAGACUGGUUCUGCCAAUGGCACGUGCGAAUGGGCUGGGCGAACGACGCUACGAUCCUUUGGCGCGUGCAAAUGUUCUCGGAGGCUAAGAAUGAAACAGUCUACGCUCUGCUGUCUAGCAUGACCACGCCUUUUACUGGCUGGAAGGACACCAGUUUCAAUGUUAUGUGGCGUUACCACGACAACCUUCAAGCCCUAAACGGCAGUAUGAACUGGCAGGAAGACUAUCUAGCCUUUAGUCUGUUGGCCGACUACCUGUUCAAGACCAACGAGUUCUACGGAGAAAUCAAUGCGGUUGUUAAUUCAACUAUACCCACCUUGCCAAAAGCGGCAGCCAUCGCCAAACACAGGGUUAUUUGGAAGAAGAGCGCCGAUACAUUGCUCAGUUUUCAAUAUAACGAAGAUGGCCUCAUGAUGAUCAACUCCUCAUGGACACUAAACAGAGGCCAGUCCGAAAACAACGUCACUGGAAAAGUUACUUUACUGACACCUUUCCAGGGUUACACGAAAGGGUUCCUGAAAACCGAUUUUGUCUUCGGACACAAGCGGGAUAUCAAAGGAAUCACUUAUCUGGAUUUGGAAGAAAAAGUCGUAAAGAUCUAUGUCAACGGUCACAUGCGCCGCAUAACCAACUGUAUGUUAGUGGUGAACGUGACGAGUCCGAUGACGGAACUACCGCAAACAACCGCCCGAUUCGGCUUCAUAGAGGCCGAUAGACAUCUGGUCGCUAUGGUCGUCACGCCCAACACCACGACUGGUAUCGAAGUGCUGCUGAAACUGCUGACGGUGCAAGACUUCCACAUAUUUGGCCACGUUGCACUGCCCAUCCAAUAUCUGAACAGAGCAAUCAUCACAGCGAAAAGAUCGCCCGAAGAGCUGGACUUCCGAGUGGGCUGGGGUACCAUGGACUUCGGUUUUACUGGCAUCUGGCACUGGCAGUCGCCUAUCAACUUUGUGUACGUUUAUAAACUGUACACGCCGCUGGAAGGCUUUGAAGAAAACGGGCUCGUUAUGAAAAACGUAUACGGGAACGGACUGGAUACGGAGCUGUCUGUUAGACUGUCUAAGCAUAAGUUCGGCAUAGCGAUCCUGCUCCACGACCGCGGAAAAGGCCUGUUAGACGUCCUGCAAGAAAGGUUCCAGCACGAACAUAACAACUACGAUACGUUCAUUGAGAACUUCGAUACCACGGCGCGAUUGCAGCUUGAUACGCUCUACUACCCUACUGUUACCUUCCACGCGCAUCUUAUCAAGUUUAUUGGAAUCGACGAAGAAGACAUUAUGGAAAUUAACGCAACAUUACACUUACCAGACAAACCUCCCAUUGUGCUUACUGACGUAUUCGUUCUAGAGUCGUUCACAGUGAUGACGAACACAUUAAACCUGGUGACGCCUUUCCCUGCGAUACGCGAACUAAAGUCGGUGUAUACUGUGGAUAUCACCUUUGGGGAGAAGUUUAACACUACUUGUUUGGCGCUGCUGUACAACGGGACUUAUUGGCAUGAGAUAUCCUACAAACUGUACUACGAGACAGAAAGCGGCGAAGACGACACGUUCCAAUCCUACCUAGCCUCAGUAGGCAUAGUAACUCCCUUGAUAGUGUUGCCAGCUUUGGAAGCCAAAGUGUCGGCGAGGCUGGAAGACGCUUUGUGGAAGAUGGCCGCCGAUAUUGCCAUGCCUUCGUUUAAGGUCACUGCUGCGGCUAGACUUGAACUCGACGACCCCUUCGUGGAAACGUCUGGAAGCCUCAAUCUAACUUCUCCAUUCUUAGAAGACUACUACAUCAAGAUGGAGUUCAAGAAAGACUUUGCGGAAAGCGAAAAUAUGGUUGGUGGUGGCAUCCAUAUACAGCAAGGCGACCAGAAUAACUAUCUAUUCGCGGACGCAAUAUGGCGUCCUCCCCCCAACCGUCACAUCCGGUUCAAAUCCCGUGGAGCUCUAGUUCCCGUUCUUCCGCCUUCCGAGCUAGCAGUCCUCUACAGCAAGGAGGAAGACCAGCAGACCCUGACCACAGACUUCUCCAGCGAAGACACUUACUACUCGCUGAAGGCCGACCUGAGGCCGACUCUGUUCAGUGUGGCUUUGAGCACGCCCCACGAAGGGUACAGAGCAAUGAAAAUUAUCUCCGAGUUUGAAAAAGACGACAUAAAAGGAUCACUGACUACUGACACCAUGGAGUAUACGAUCACAGGAAAAGUUACUUCAAGGGAACCACUAGAGAUGUCUUUAGUGCUAGUGCCGAAAGGCGAAGGGCAGCCGAUCAACGUGGUCAUGCGGUUCGAGUCCAGUGCCGAGCAGUUUAUAGCCACCUCCCAGGUCACCGGUGCAGUGCAGGCCACGGUGAAAGCCGGUGCCAAGAAGGGGGACAAUUACACUGACUUGUACUUUAAGCUCGACUCGCCCCAGCUGAAAGAAGGCAAGGACCUAUACUUCAAAGCGCACCUGGCCGCGUACCCGGGCCUGCGACGUGCGGUCAGCGUGCAGGCCGCCACUCCGCUACAGAGGAUCCACUUUGUGAAAGGCGACGCUGACUUUGUAUUCGCACCCAAGACAGGUUAUCUACUCUGCAACUAUGAGCUGCCCGAUAUGAAAGGCGAAGGCGACCUCAAAUGGAGCUUCUUGAUUGGAGAUCUUUUCAUCAAGGCGAUCGGUCACCAACUAGUGAAGAAGAUAGAAAAGAGCGUGGACUUAGACAUCUACUUCGGAAACAGCACGCUGCCCGAUGGCCUCAGCAAAACGGACGCCGGCUUCAAAAUGGACCUGGAUCGCAUCUGGCAGAUCGGCGGCAACGCAUCGUUCGGCUACAUAAUGGACCGGCGACUCAAUCUCAAGAUCAACGCUAUUUUACCCAAACCAAACGUAGAUGUGCACACCCUGUAUAUAGACGGUGACCUUGGUACUGCAAACGAACCUAUGAAGAUCAUAGAUGCGGAGUACAAGACUGACGUCACUAAGAUCGUCACAGGAGUUAAAGGGAACAUUCUAAUGCUACCAGAGAGCAUAGACACAAACUCGACCAUAACCUGGACGUCCAGUGCUGCAUACAAACGCGUCAACAACCUACUCUCGUACAAAUGGGACAUCAACGGGUCUCACUUCGUGGACUACGCGCUACGAUCGCCGUUGUAUGAAGACGAAGAGACUUUCAAGCUAAAAGGGUCGUACCAGAAGGAUAUGGUGCACAACUAUAAGAUUAUCAAGGGUGUAAUGCACCGCCCAGGCUCAAGCCAAAUCGGUGAAUUAGACAUCCGCUAUGGAGGAAUACGUCACACUGACGGCCAUUUCAACCUGACCACGCCCUUCAGACGACUGCCGUGGUUGAAGUCUAUACUUAAUAUAAACUACUUAGACGAAGCGUCAGACAACAAAGUCGACCUAUUUUGGCCGAAUAAGUCAGCUUCCAUAAACACGACCCACCUCUACACGCCACAAACUAAAGGCUUCACCCAAACCGGCACAGUAUCUCUAUCCAUACCACUAAAUACACAGCAUCUUGUUAGAACAGAGUACUAUUACGUCCAAACUGACACUUGGAGCAAUGGGAACGCUACUAUAGAUUUAGACAGAGAGAGAUUCGUCAAAGGUUCCUUUAAACAAAUACUGAGCAAGAGCGAGAGGCAACUAGAUUUGACGACUACGGAUAUUGAAGUGGAAAAUGUUCACACGCCUGUCGGUGUGAAGUAUAUACACGAGUUUGAUAAUACCGGGAAUGUGGACGUGAAACAAGCCACCGUCUUCCACCUCCACAACGCGACCAAAUUCAACCUGACCGGCAAACUGGACGUGUUCACUUACGAAUCCGGCAAAAACAUGGAGCUCAUGGCUAUCCACGGGAACCGAACAUGGACUUUCGAGAAUAAGUACGAGGCGGUCGAUAAGGAGCUCAAGCAAGGCAGCAAGGUCAAAUGGGCUGAGGAUACGUGGUUGAAGUAUGACUUGCACGUCACGAAUAUGACCACGGACGAAACAGAAUCCCAGCAAAUAAUAAUGAACGUCUGGUACCCGCUGCGCUCCUUCAACCUCAUAGCUUUAUACCGUCUCCAAGAUACGAUGCUGGACGGCUCCGCGCGGCUCAGCUGGAAUGUCCGCGACGAAAACAAGACUGCCGAGUUGAAGGGCAAGUGGGAAAACCCGCCGGUCGCUGAAGGGAACCUGCAUGACGUCGACCUUAGUCUGUCACAUCCCUCGUUCAGAAAGGACGUCAACCUAAAAGCCAAGUACCUCAGCACACCAGAAAUAAUGUCGAACAUAUCCCUAGAACUACAGUACUCGGACUACGAAAACGAGUACUUGAAACUACGGUCCAUACUAACUGACAACUCUAAUGGGCCAAUCAGAGACUACAGAUUCGCUCUCAAAUGCACCCACCCUUCGACUAAUUUGGAUCUAGAUAUGAAGUCAGAUAUUAACAUUCAUAGCAGAUGGUACUAUUUUAACAACUACUAUAGGUUCCAGAAGUCGCUAUUUUAUGAGAAACUAAGGCAUACUAAGAUGCUGAUUGAUAUGAAUAAGAGUGCUAUACAUUGGGAGCGUGCCAACGAAACUUACUACUACAAAGUAAACGGCACGUGGGACCUUACGUUCCCCGACUACAAGGCUACGACGUCAGUGCACCGGCCAACUGGCAACGACACAGGCUUUGCUAUUCUGUCCAUGAGGGAUAUGUCGCUUCUGGCACACUUCAACAGCUCUGAUGAUAUCUCCUACCACAUAAUCGGUCGCAUCAUCGACACGCGUUCCGCAAAACUGGACGCAUGGCGUGACUUCGAUGACGUCACCACAGUCGACCUAGCCUCCUACAUCAGACUGAACCACUCCCGACUCCUCACCAGCUCAUUGAUAUGGCGACCAGAAAUCUUCACAGAAGUCAAAUCCACUGCUGUAUAUUCCCUUAAAGCUGUCUACAACCAAAUCAACGAAACUCUGGUCAUCAUCAAGGAAAUGCCCAUGGAAGCUCAUUUAGCUCUAAGAAGAAUAUGGUCAGAUGCCAAACCGAGGAUCAGAGACUUCUUAGAUGAUCUGAACGAUUUGCACGUCAUCAAAGAUGACCUAGACGAAUUCCAGACGUUCCUCAAUCAGUCCUACAGCGCCAACGAUUUCUACGUCAAAGAUAUAGUAGAAUUCACUUACUAUGUGCUAGAUGAAAUGGCUAUACGUAACCAUUUGGAGAGCCUCCCAGGAAUAGUCAACGAUAUGUGGGGUAUGAUGGGCAACACCAGUCAGUCUAUCAAACAGAGCUUGACUUACGUGGCUGAGACGAUACGAAUGGCGUAUUCUAACUUCUUGGAAUCCGUUAACAAAGCUUUGGAAGCCGAUCUGAUGGAGCUAGUUUCAGAUAGACUUGAAGCCAUGAUAAUGCAGUACGACAACUUUGUCAGAGAUAUGCAUAUGAGAUUUCUAGAAUAUUGGGAGGAGACGUGGGUGAAUGCGACAACAAGGUUAUACAAUUACUGGCACGAUCUGCUAAAAUCCAUAGAGCCGUUGUUCUUCAAAGUGCUAUACUACGUGGAGUCGUUUGUGGUGACGAUAUGGAAGGGAGUGAUGGACUUUUUCUACAACAGAACGCAGGAAUUGACGGAUUCGCCGUACUUUAACUAUGUGUCGACAUUCACUCAGGAGAUGGACAAAAUCUACAAAGACCUAAUGAACAACGACCUAGUGACCAACGUCAAGAAGUACAGCAAGGCUCUAUUCAACGUGGUUUGGAGCAAGAUCGAAAAGUAUAUACCGUUCAAGGAAGAGAUCAUGCAACUCUAUGCAGAGUUCAGGAACGCGUGGGAAACCUUCCUGAAGACUAAGCAGGUCGUCUACGUUAGAGACAAGUACACAGAGGCGUACGUGCGUCUGAAGUGGUGGUACGACUACUUCCUGAUCGGAGAAGCAUUGGACCGAGUUGGAGAAAUCAUCUAUGAAAAGGUCACCGACUUGGCCAAGACAGCGCUGCAGUAUGAAGAACUCCACCGCACCCCAAAAACCAACUUCAUCUUCGACCCUCGCGAAGGCACAAUACUCCUCGAGCAAAAGCUUCCCAUGUCGUGGCAUGCCUUCAACCGGACCCCGGACUUCAGUGAAAUAGCCGAGUACCGCGCGGUCAGGGAGUUUAUAGACGACUGGCUCAACACCAAUAGAAGCAUGUGGUCGUAUUACUACGAGAUACGCCCGUAUUUGGACUUGGAUAAUGUACUGCCGCCGUUUGCUGGUAUGGCCAUGAUGACCGGGCAAGGCACGCUAGUGACGUUCGACAAACGCGUCAUCACGAUCACCGAACCCGGCACCUUCCUGCUCAGUAAGGACUAUCGCCAGAACAAGUUCAGCGUGCUGAUGACAAGUGAUGAUGAGGGACGAUAUAACCUGCUAGUGUUGGCGAGGAGAGCUCCGGUGCAAGUGCAUUUGUAUAAGGAGCAAGUAUCAAUCGCCGGGUCAGUACUGAACCUGCCGGCUUUAGUAGACGACUUCGUGAUCGACCGCCAAGGCGACGAGCUGAAGAUGGCCGGCACCAACGGACUGAACAUACACUGCAACUUCCGCUUCCAUACCUGCAAGCUGCAGGUCACAGGCUGGUACUACGCAAGUCUAGGCGGCCUCCUAGGCACGUACAACAAUGAACAGUACGACGAACUCCAGCUGCCUAACGGCACCUACACCAACUCUUCCGUCUCGCUCGCACAAGGCUGGAGGCUGAAGCCUGCUGUUGUGUCAUCCACUCCUCAUCCCGCUGUAGCCUCAUCAACUCCUCAUGUAUCUGAGAGAGGAAAUGAUACGCAGUGUGAGAAGUUCUUCCAGAAUAAAGUGUCGCCACUGCACCCUUGCUUCUCUGUGAUCAGCGCCGCGCCGUUCUACCAGGAAUGUGCGAGUGGCGUCGACGCGUGCGCGCUCGCCAGCGCUUACCUACAGCUGUGCGAGCAGCAACACGUGCCUACGCACAUCCCCGACCACUGCGUUCAGUGCACGACGCCCAGCGGCGAUAUCAUCGAAGAGGGUUCCUUCUAUACAAUGCAAAACCCGCCUAACUCCACCGACAUAGUGUUCAUAGUCGAAGCGCAAGUGUGCAACAAGAAUCUGCGUAAACGCAAAAACAUCGAGUUGUUUAUCGAGGCGUUCGACAGCAGGCUGCAGGGAAGUGGCAUCACUGACAACAGAUACGCAGUGGUGGGCUACGGUGGGCGCGGCAUAUACCAGUCGCCGCGCGCGCUGUACGUCAACAACAUACUGUUCACCAACUCCAUGGACAUUGCUAACCACUUCGACGCGCUGAAUAUUGACAAGGCUGACUUAGUCCGAGGCAACCGCUCGUCGCGCGCAGACGUAUUCGCUGCUCUAAGCUUCGCAGCUCGCUUACCGCUGCGGCCCGCCGCGCCGCGCACCUUCGUGCUAUUACCCUGUAGUGCCUGCCGCGAGCAACAUAUGGCCCUGGACUACUCGACGAUCUCUCACAACUUGAUGGAGAACUCUGUGACGCUGCAUAUACUCAUGGACGAAGACUUCAUGCUGUCCAAGAAACGUGCCGCCAAGUACUUGUUCGGCGUGGACAGCAUGCUUGCGUACACGAAUAAAGACUACGAGCGUUUGGUGGGCGACGCGGGCUUACGGAAGCAAGUCAAGCUGCCCAAGGAGAAGCUAGGACUUUGUACAUCGCUCGCUAUGGAGACCAACGGCACGAUAUUCGCGGGCGCGAAACUCCAAAGCGACCGCGGCACGGCGCGGCGUUUCUCAACAGUAGCGGGCGCGCGCGCCGCCCUCACGGCCGCCGCCUGCCGCCCCGCGCGCUGCGAGUGUAGAGACGCAAGACUACAUUGUAGGCCGUGUGCCGACACGCAUAGAAUGGCGGAGCUUUCGUUCUGGAACACGGACGACAUCGACGAGCUGAUCGACUUGGCGAUGGACCCCCCCACUCUACCGACGCUAAGCUGAGACGCGUAGAUAGUAUAUUGUAUACAUAGAUAGUAUAUUGUAUACAUAGAUAGUAUAUUAGUGACAUUGUAGGCUGUAAAUAAGUGCCAUUUGUAAUGUAAGAUUGAAUUUGAUAAAUAAAUUAUAUCAAUUUAUUUUUAUAUUGAA